AUCCAUCAAACGGAAGUCGUUCAGCCGCCAGCGCGUAUUUUGAAAUUGUGGGUUUGACAUUUAAAACAAUUGGAACUCAAGACCUGUAAUGGCUGAUGCAGACUUGAUGAACUUUGACCCUGAGGGAGAGGGUUCCCCAUACCAAGAUGAGAAUGAUGAGAACGAUACCCCAGGCCUGGCCCCAAGUCUGGUUGGGUCCCCUGUGAUCAAGAACUCCAUCCUGAAGCAGUCGACCAAGGACAACCUCAUACAGCUAUUCACGCCUGUACAGAAACCAGAGAAAGGCAAACUCAAGGUUCACUUUGGUCGGGACAGUCUGCUGGAGACACCAAACAUUACAGUGAAGAAGAGAGUUGCCAUCCCAGACAGCAUUGGAGAGAAGCCAGCAGAUGAACCCAUUGAAGGUGGUCAGAAGGAGCGACAUGUGAUGACUGAUGUUGCUGUGUCUGGUGAGAGUUCCGUUUCACAACAGAAGCUGACAGGUAACCAGCAUGCAAGUUCUUCUGAAGACGUUGCUAUGGAAACAAGUAUUUGCGAAAUUCAGAAUGCCUUUGAGUUAGACUUGGACUCACGAGUCCUGGAUAUCCUAUCCUCUACAGAUGCCUUCUUGAAGUCUCUCUGUAAUACAGAGCCAACAAAGCCCAGACUAGAAGAGCUCAGCCAACCCAAACCUGUAUCAGAGGCAACAUCAGAUGAAGCCACUGCUGGCAGUGCUUGUGAUGGCUCUGAUGCUGACAAUGAAAAAAUAGAACGAGAAAAGGUCAUAGAAACUGUUCACAAUUCAGGAGAUAAUGGUAGUGACUCUGAUCAAGUGAGAUUGGAGUUGAAGUUAACUGGUACUAAGUCAAAUGAUUUGCAUUCUGAAGCUGCUGUUACAGAAGAGGAACCAAUGGAUUGUGAAGAAAUGAUGGAUGUUGAUGAUGAGGAAGAUGAUGAAGUGAUUUUUAAUUUGAAAAAGCCUGUAGGAGACACUAGAGUUUUGGAGGAAGUCAAAGAAGAAGUUGAAGAAAAUAAAGAGCCUGAAACACAGCAAGAAUCUGAGCAGAAUAAUACUGAAGCUAAACAGAAUAAAAAUAAAAAUGUUCCUGUUGAGUAUUUAGUUGAAGCCAAAAGAGAAGUGAUUGCAGAAAAGGAGAUUGGAAAAACAGUUGUUGAAAUUGAACUUAAUGUUAAAACAGAGGACCAUGAAAAUCAACAAUGUAAGGAAACAAAGCAAGAAAGCGCAAACAAAUCAGAGAAAUUGAAGUCAGAUGAUGCCUCAGACGAGGAAGAAUUCAUGUCAGCAGACGAAGAAAUGGAUGUAGAUCCAACAACUCCAGCUAAAAAAUUGUCAGAACAGGAGCAUGGGCCUUCCCCUCCAUUGAAAACUCCUCCAAAAAUUGGUUACAGCAUUGACUUAAAUAAUUUCAACUUGGAUGCUGUUGAUCCAUUUUCAACUAAGAAAAGUCUGAUGAAUAGCCCAGAUGUAGGAGAGAAAACUAAACCAGCUGCUGAGAAGGUGGCAGGGCAUACUAAGCCAGCUACUGAAAAUGUGGCAGGCCAGACUAAACCAGCUUAUGAAAAAGUUGCAGAUAAGGCAAAAUCAGAAAUUGAAACAAAAAAGCCUCUAAUCAGUGUUCCAGAAAAACAUAUUUCAGAAGAAAAUGUUAUUGACAAGAAUGAAAAAAGCAGUAAAAGGUCUCAAGAGUUGAAUAAAGAUGCAGCAAAAGUUGUUGAUAAAGAUGAAAAAGUAUCAAUUGCUGAAGAAAAACAUCAAGAAAAUCAGCCAACAGGAAAACCUGUAAAUGAUGAUGAAAUGGAGUUACAGCCAGUAAAAGAUGCAGAAAAGAAAGCAGAGUUGAGCAUUGUCCUAGAAGAUGUGAAAUCAAAUCAGGAUAAAAAUUGUGUACAAACAGCGCCGGUUGUUCAUACCAGCUCACCAGCUAUUCCAACAACCAGAGGUGCAUAUAACUUAGAUUUCCUUGAUAAAUUGGAUGAAAUUAAUCCUUUUCAGUCCAAAGCACAGAUGAUGAACUCUCCUUUAAAUACUAAAUCUGGUUCCACACAGGAAUCAAGUAAGGAUAAUCCAUUUAAAACAAAGACACAGAUAAUAAACUCACCCCUCACUUCCAAGAAUCCAAGAGUUCCUGUAAACAAUACAGACGUUGUUGAACCUAAACUUGAACAUUCAGAAAAAGAAAAGUGCAAAGAAACUGAUGUUGAUAACAUUGUACCACAGGAAGAUAUAUGGAAGAGCAAGGUUGAUGAAAAAAAAGAAUGUGAGAACCCACUGGAAGCUGGUGUGCAAGAAAAUCAUUCUGAAACUGAUUAUCAAAAGUUUGGCUCACAGCAAUCAGAAAAGCAGCCUGAAAGUGUGGGGAUACUUGAGUUGGAUAACAAUUACAUAGAUAACAUUGACCCAUUCAAGCCUUCUAAACAGAUGGUUAACUCCCCUGAGGUUAAAGCAAAAACGAAUGUGAAUGUUGGAACUCAAAAAGAAGAAGUUGAUGCCUUUAAGCCAACAAAGCAAGUGGCCAAUUCAUCGGCUACAAUAAAUAGGUCAGAAAGCAAUGUAAGUGACAUAAUAGAGGGAAUAGAUCCUUUAAAGCCUAAAAAGCAGGUGGCAAAUUCACAAGUUCCUACAUCAAAAGAUAAAGUUAAAAACGCAGCCAGUGGAAAUGGAAAAGAAAUUGAUGAUUGUCAACCCAAGGCUCAAUUUACAAAUUCACCUAUUUCAAAGGCAGACACUGUUGCAAGGAAGUUAAAGACGGAAAACAUGGAAGAAGUCAAUCCCUUCCAAACAAAGAAACAGGUUGCUAAUUCACCUGUUGCUAAUACAAAUAUUAAAGCAGACAAGAAUGAGCCAUUAGAUUUUGAAGAUAUCGAUCCCUUUAAAACCAAGAGACAGAUUGCAAAUUCACCUGUUAAGUCAGCGGCUGCAAUAGGAAAAACAGAGACUGAACCCAUUGAAGAAAUUGAUCCCUUUAAACCUAAACAGCAAAUGCAAAAUUCGCCUUUUUCCAAGCCUGCUAAAGUUGAAAAAAGUUCUAAGCAAAUAGUCCAAGAUGAAACGGACCUUUUUAAACCUAAAAAACAGAUUCAAAAUUCCCCUGAUAAAUCAUUGUCCAAAUCAAAUGAAAUAGACUUGGAUAACCUGGAUGAAAUCGAUCCUUUUAAGCCUAAAAAGCAAAUGCAGAAUUCACCUGAUACAAAAUCAAAAGCCCCAGUCAAGGCAGAAGAUGCAGUAGAUUCGGACACUGUUGAUCCAUUUAAGCCAAGGAAGCAGUUACAAAUGAUGAACUCACCCGCCAACAGAAAAGGGAAGGCAACUUUGUCUCAGAUAGUUGAACAAGACCAUGAGAAUUCGAGUUUGGAAACAUCACCAGCAGAUGUGAAACCUGAGGGUCAAGCUGACAAGGAUGUGAACAAAACAGGGGCAGCCAAAGAAAAGCAGGCCCUUAGCCAACCUGCGCUGGAUCUAUUUAGUGAUCUAAACCCACCAGAGUUGAGAAAGAAAGAGAAUUUGCAACUGUCAAAUAAAGUGAGCCUGCUGGAAGGGGACGAGGACACAUUUGAGGUUCAUGGGGUCACAAGAAGGGGUCAAUCAGGGGCCAUGACAGAGUACUGGGGAGAUGUGGAGGACGCACAGUUUGUACCAGCCUCUGAAGUAUUCAACGACCCCGCAGCCUGGGACAUGCUGGAGAAGAUUGGAAACAACGCUUCAAAAGAAACGGAGUCUGCCCUGUCCCGGAUGUCGCUGUAUGUAAAGUUUGACCCCCUGGUGGAUCCUGCACCCUCCAGCUACAUCAAUCCAAGAAGAAUCAGCAUUCGAGCCUCUCAGUUGGAAAAAGUGAAAGAAUAUGGUCUGGAUGAGACCUUGUUACUGCUGGGAACACCUCCCAAGAAACGGCGCCAGUCAUUGAUGGGUGUGCACGCGGCCAAUAGCAACCGGGGGACGCCCACCAAUCCAAACCCCCAGGUGGGCACAGCAAGGAAUCAAGGCAACCAGCCUCCAGUGAAGAAGCUAGAACCAGCACAGACUCCCAACCCUGUGGAUCUCAUUCUGGCAUACAGCCCGGGGAAGGAGUCAAAACCAGAUUCUGCAGCCAAACCAUUGCCAAUGGGAAUCUUGUUUGGACAGGACGUUGAAGAAAGCACAGAAGAGAACCUGUUCCAGGAGCUGAAGUACACUGAUGCAGACCUGCGCAGGCUUCGUACCGAGAUGCGGUUGGAGGCGCAGGGCGUGUUGAUGGGCAAGGAAAGAGAGUUCUGCACGGAAAGAGAGGCCUGGGGGAGAGAGCGGGAGGAGAUAUUGAGGAAGUGGAACCUGGACUGCAAGGAGUACCGCAAACUGGAACAAAUAUUCAACAUGCUUGAAAAAACAUGUUACGAAAUAUCAGGUGCAAAGGCAGAGACAGAGAACAAGAUUGUGGAACUGAAGAAAGAUCAUGAACAGGCACUAGAAGACCUGGCAGCCAUGGAGAGAUCGUUUUGGGACCUGCACAAGAGAUACGAAAAAACCAAGGAAAUGUUCCUCAACUUAAAAAAAAAUGAGGAGACCCUGAAGAAGCACCUGGACGAACGAGUGGAACAGCAGAGGAAGCAGGAGGAGAAGUACACAAGACUGAAGGAGAUGUCAGAGGAAAAACUCAAACUAGCAUCCCAGGAGAUAGAGAAGCUGGAGCAGUCUCAGAAGGUGAGUGAGGAGAAACUGAAGACAGAGAAGAAGAUCUCGGACAUGAAAGUGAACAACCUGGAGAUGAAGAUCUCCAACCUGGAGUCCAUGCUGCAGAAGAAGACGGAAGACGUCAAACAGCUGACAGAAAUCUGUGACGGGCUACUUGCGCAGGUUGGGAAAUAGAUCUUGUCAGCAGGAUAUUGUGCAUUACCAUCAUUCUGCCACCACUACCGGACACUUCAAUUGUUUUUCUUAUUAAAUAAUUGCUUCAUUGAAUUUUCUUUUUAUUAUAUUUGUGUACAUAUAUAGAAAUCUUGUCUCUUUUUUUCAUGUUUCUUAUGCUUUUCUUUGCGAAGUCUAAAAUUUGUUUGAAUGUUCAAUGAAUUUUAUGUUGUGAAAUAGUGAAAUAUUUUCUUUUAUUAUUGAAUAUAAUAUUUAAAUAAAAAUUAUCCAUUCAAUUAGAUAUUUGAUGUGGUAUCUUUGAAUUGUGUGCCUGUCUGAAUUUACAAUAUCUGUAAGUGAAAUGACAAAAGUUCACUAAUUAUUAAGAACAUGAAAAUUGUUGUCUAUCAACUUCUAUUUCUAGCUUUACUUUUCCUCCCUAUCUAUAUCUGUCCUUCUCUGCCUGUUAUUAGUGCUUGUAAAUAGAAAUAAAGCUUAGUAGUCAGAAAAA